AUGGACCUUCGACUUGACCCUUCGCCGAAUUUCUUUGAAUCCAAGGAUCUCGACCGCCACGACGAUAGAUCCCCUCACAUGAUGUCCGAUUUGCCAUUCUCUUCGCACGGCCCGUUACCUAUACCGUCCCGUCCCGCCAUGAAUACUGCACCGCCGCCACUUCCCCCGCCCUCGAGGAUCCGCGAUUUGGAGAACGGUUAUGAUGCCGGUUGGUUGCAUGGAAAUCCUGGACGAUCAACAAACGCACUCCCUCCGAUCAACCCAAAUUCAAGUUUAUUUGGUGGCCAUCGAAGGCCCGAAACGGCAAUUAGAAGCGAUCCUAUGGCGGUAGAUGAACUGGAAGGAAGGCAGAGCGGAUUGCCGGUUUCACGCAGUCCAGAGGCUCAGAUUAAGAUCGAGCCGCCACCUCCAACAGAUGACGGAUUCCCAAGUUCUAUGGCUGUGAACUCCACAGGCCCGAUUCUCAAGGGCGAACGAGACUUCUCGCUGCGAAGUGUUAAGGACUCGUCAAAUGCGUACGAUCAGCAUCUUCUUUCGAAAAUUGGGAACUCGCUUUCGCCGCGGGGAUCCCUCAGCCAUGGAUCGGAUAAUCGGGGCUCUAUUGACCACCGAGGGUCCGUUUCAGCACUUACUGUUCCAUCGCGAACAUCUAGCAAUUUGCCCUCACCGGGGCCAUCGGAAGGAUCUACUCUUGACGUGAAGUGGUACAACAGCCCCCAAUCAGCUGGAGGCGUGUCUCCUAGGAGUAAGAUAAACUGGAAGGAGUAUGUCGAAGGCGGCCGCAGCCCAAGCGUGGAGAGUAAUGCUCCUUCAUCGGCAAUGGACUAUGACUCAACAUACAUGCGAGAUAUUGGUCGACGACGAUAUCGAGGAACAACACCUUCCCGGGAAGACAGCAUCAGCCUACCCAGUCGAUCAAAUCGGGGAAGUUACGACCAGGCCGUGUUUUCAGAUAUCGAAGGCGACUUUGCCCCAGACGAGCCCGCCCCGCCGCGACAGUUUAUUCUCCGUGAACCUACUCCCCCAUAUCCGGAGGGCUCGAAGCAGGGCAUGAAACGACGAGCAUCUUCUCCUCCCCGGGAACCCAUCACCGAUGAUAGGAAUACACUUCACCUGGCCACGAGCAACGGCGAUCUGUCUCAACGAAGGACGAGUGGGCAUCCGUUCACCAAUUCAUUAUCGGUAAACAACUGCGGCUACGCCAGUAGCCAACGGACUCUCUCCGCUGCAUCCUCCCUGAGCAUUCGGACUUCCGGAUCAUACUCGUCUGCCCUAUCCAUCGGAGGUAGCAGCAUGACCAGUCUCUCGCCAUACGAUCGACCCUCUCCUGGAGGACUAUCGCCCUGUUCCGACCUCGACACCUACCACGAAAAGUCCAUCUUAAACCCUAGCUCCCCGGUGGCACUCUUAACAAUCUCACGGGGCACCAACUCCCUCGAGCCUCCUCUCACAGACUCCACCGGCAAAGUAUCCAUGGCACCCAUCCUCAGCAUUCCCAAGCCUCCCCCUCUGAAGAUCAGCGGUCUAUACAUCUGCGAUUGUUGUCCCAAGAAACCCAAAAAAUUCGACAAUCCAGACGAUCUCCGAGCCCACGAGAUGGAAAAGCAAUACGCAUGCCAAUACUGCAACAACCGAUUCAAAAACAAGAACGAAGCUGAGCGUCACCAAAACUCCCUCCAUCUCCGCCGCCAUUCCUGGUCAUGCGCCGCCCUUCGAAGCUUCCAGGCCGCUUUCCACGGCUCCGUCUCACCGUCCUACCAAACGUCCGCCGGGCCCUCGCACGAUACAUGCGGGUACUGUGGUGAGGAGUUCGCGAAUUUCCCACGUCCUGAUUGGGACCGUCGCUUUGAACACUUGACUACCGUGCAUAAAUUCGGCGAGUGCAAUAAUGCGAAGAAGUUUUUCCGCGCGGAUCACUUCCGCCAGCAUUUGAAGCAUAGUCAUGCAGGGACGAGUGGAAAGUGGACGAAUAUCCUGGAGAAUGCUUGUAUGAAGGAGGAGGCGCCGCCGGAGCCGAGGGAUAAGUCUGGUUCUGGUGCGGCCGGUCAGGCACAGUCGAAUUCGGGGUCUUUGACCUCGAAUACGAUUGAUGAGGUUCUUUGUGAGCAAUGA